CAGUCACCUGGAAGUGGCUCAUUUGUGUCAGUUUUUAAAAUUAAUUUAUACCUUUUUGUUGGAUGAUUAAAAAGAAUAGUUACCAAAGUCUAUUAUACCCCUUGGAUAUAUCAGGAAAAAAGUGUAUUAUUAUAUACAGAGUGUACGGAAAGUACUCAAUACUGAGCAAAGGGUCUGAAUACUUAUGACCAAGUGAUAUUUAAGUUUUUCUUUUUUAAUAAAUUUGCAAAAAUGUCUACAUUUCUGUUUUUUUCUGUCAAGAUGGGGAGCUGAGUGAACAUUAAUGAGAAAUCAAAUGAACUUUUUUGAUUUUAGCAAAUGGCUGCAAUGAAACAAAGAGUGAACAAUGUAAAGGGGUCUGAAUACUUUCCGUACCCACUGUAUAUAACAAAAACAGCGUUGUUAAAUUAUGGAUUUCAACAAGAUAUUUAUAUACAUGACUCUUUUAAAUGUAGCAUCUGCCGUACCCAAAAUGAGACCGUUAUGUAAAGAGAAAUGGAUAUAAUAUAAUAAUAGGGGGAGGGACAUCAAUAUUUGUUUUCAGGUGGAUAAUAGAUAUUUGUCCUCUUAACACGUAUAACUUCUGAAACAUGAGUAACGAUGUUAUUGUAUAUAAUUAAUAGUUUCUGUCUUUCACAUGCCGAAUACAAGUGACUUUAUUAUGAAAUUUGUCCUGCAGCUUUCCAUCAGGACAAAUGAAUUGUGCUGGAGGAGAGAGGAAGAGGAUUUACAAAUGAGAUUAUAAAGAAUGUCAUUUUUACUAUCUAGGGUUUUAUUAAGAUUUUGGCUAAAGAAAUAAAUACAUUAUUCUUUGCAUUUAACCCAUCCUUAUGUUAUUACGGUGCAGUGGGGCUGCAGUGAAGCGCCCGGGGAGCAACUGGAGGGUUCUUGCUCAAGGACACUUGGACAUGCAACUAAUGGGGAUAUCGAACCUGCUACCUUGCGUUAUGACACUGGUGAAGUGUUGAAAGUUGCCUGAGCGCUAUUUAUCAGGUCUGGCAGAAACUGCUCCCACUGUAGAACAAGUAAUAUACAAGUCUAGUUUACCAUCAGGCAACCGGCCGCUGUGACUCAACUAAUAUGAACUAGUUUAUUGAACAUGUGUGAUUAUGCAUCACUAACGUAUUAAAUGACGUAGCCUUAAAGUGUUCAUGGCGAAGGGGGGUUAAUAGGGGAACUAGAGUUUCUAAUUAGGGUAAUUCAGCCAUAGAUGGACAGCUAGUAGUGGUGCACAGGCCACACUGAGCUGAACUGGGUCAGAUUGGAAGUUAAAAGCCAGUGUGACUGUCAGGAGCUCAUGACAUCAAACUAUUAAAAGGUCAUGUCAUGUCAAUUACAUCUAUAUUUGCUGUUUUAAUAACUGUAACAUUAUUUUAAUACUUUGUCUUUCCACUCAGCCAUUUAUCUUGUGUUGGCUUCCAGUGCAAAAAGAUAAAUCCUUGACUUUCCAAAAAAAAAAAAAAAAAAAAAAGUCAAACGUGAAUUUGAGAUAUUUUGUCGCUCGUGGCUUUCCGUAGCUCAGUGGGUGGGGCAGUGCGACGCAAAGGCAAAGAGGUCAAGAACCACGUGUGAUCAGCACCAUGUACAGCACUGUCCUUCCUUCCCUCUGUAUACUUGUUUCUGCAAGCUUGUACCCUUCGCAUGUAGCCGGCUAGCCUGAGCAAGAGCCCCGAGAAGCAAGAUAUAUCAAUAUUAUUUCUUCUCCGGACUCAUCGUCACUAUCAAGUAACGCUGCAGGGGGAUUGUUCGUUAUUGCCACUGACUGCCGAUCAUGGUGAGCAAGACGGAUGACAUCCCGGCGUCAGUGCCCGACUGUAAUCCGGUUGAUCUUGCGGAUGAUGGAGCCGAGGACACCGACGACACCAGCAACAUGCGGGCGAAGGAUCCCUGCGGCUGCGAGCACAGUGCAGACACAGCCAUGGUGAACGGCGAUGGCGCUCACCGGCACGCGGAGGAGGCGGACUCGAAGCAGGACGGGAGCAGCGAGGCGGACGGCGAGGACGAGUCCAACGAACAGGAAGUGAUCGUGAUCCAGGACACGGGCUUCACCGUCAAGAUCCAGGCGCCGGGAACGGAGCCCUUCGACCUGCAGGUAUCUCCCCAGGAAAUGGUGCAGGAGAUCCACCAGGUGCUGAUGGACCGGGAGGACACCUGCCACCGCACCUGCUUCUCGCUGCAGCUGGACGGGAACGUGCUGGACAACUUCGCCGAGCUCAAGUCCAUCGAGGGCCUGCAGGAGGGCUCGCUGCUCAAGGUGGUGGAAGAGCCGUACACGGUGCGCGAGGCUCGCAUCCACGUGCGGCACAUCCGAGACCUGCUGAAGAGCCUGGACCCCUCGGACGCCUACAACGGGGUGGACUGCAACUCCCUCUCCUUCCUCAGCAUCUUCACCGACGGCGACCUGGGAGAUAGCGGCAAGCGGAAGAAAAAGGGCAACGAGCUGGAGCAGAUCGACUGCACCCCUCCAGAGCACAUCCUGCCCGGCAGCAAAGAGCGCCCCCUGCUGCCCCUCCAGCCACACAACAAGGAGUGGAAACCCAUGCAGUGCCUGAAGGUCCUGACCAUGAGCGGAUGGAACCCUCCGCCCGGCAACCGGAAGAUGCACGGCGACCUCAUGUACCUGUGCAUGGUGACGAUGGAGGAGCGCCACGUCAGCGUCACCGCCUCCACGCGGGGCUUCUACCUCAACCAAUCAGUCAACAGUUCCACCUCGUCCACGACCUAUACCUUCAACCCUAAGCCAGCCAACCCCAGCUUCCUGAGCCAUUCUCUGGUGGAGCUGUUGAGCCAGAUCAGCCCCGCCUUCAAGAAGAACUUCACUGCCCUGCAAAAGACGCGGGUUCAGAAACACCCGUUUGAGAGGAUAGCCACACCGUUCCAGGUGUACAGCUGGACGGCGCCGCAGGUGGACCACGCCAUGGACUGCGUGCGAGCGGAGGACGCCUACACCUCGCGCUUGGGUUACGAGGAGCACAUCCCGGGACAGACGAGAGAUUGGAACGAGGAGCUGCAGACGACCAGAGAACUCCCCCGGAAGAACCUCCCUGAGCGCCUCCUGAGGGAGCGCGCCAUCUUCAAGGUGCACAGUGACUUUGCGGCGGCGGCCACUCGAGGCUCCAUGGCCGUCAUCGACGGGAACGUGAUGGCCAUCAACCCCGGCGAGGAGACGCGCAUGCAGAUGUUCAUCUGGAACAACAUCUUCUUCAGCCUGGGCUUCGACGUGCGGGAUCACUACCGCGAGCUGGGCGGGGACGCCGCCGCCCACGCCGCGCCCACCAACGACCUGAACGGCGUGCGGGCGUACGGCGCCGUGGACGUGGAGGGCCUGUACACGCUGGGCACGGUGGUGGUGGACUACCGGGGGUACCGCAUCACCGCCCAGUCCAUCAUCCCCGGGAUCCUGGAGCGCGAGCAGGAGCAGAGCGUCAUCUACGGCUCCAUCGACUUCGGGAAGACGGUCGUGACUCACGGCAAAUACCUGGAGCUUCUGGAGAAGACCAGCAGGCCGCUGAAGGUCCAGAGGCACAACGUGCUGAACGAGAAGGAGGAGAGCGUGGAGCUGUGCUCCUCCGUCGAGUGCAAGGGCAUCAUCGGAAACGACGGCAGGCACUACAUCCUGGACCUCCUUCGCACCUUCCCCCCCGACCUCAACUUCCUGCCCGUGGACAGCGAGGAGCUGUCACCGGAGAGCCAGCGCCAGGGCUUCCCCCGCCUGCACCCCCACCGCCUGGCGUGUCUACGCCAAGAGCUCAUCGAGGCCUUCGUAGAGCACAGAUACCUCCUCUUCAUGAAGAUGGCGGCGUUGCAGCUCAUGCAGCAGAAGGCAAACAAAGACGCUAAGGCGGAUCUACCCGCCAUCGCGGAGACCGCCGAAGCGCCCUCAGAAAGCAACGCCUCCGCCGCCGGAAAAAGCUCCUCGAAGCCCGCCACCAACGGGCUCCCAGAACCCGCCGCCGCUGUAAACGGGGAAUGCAAGAACCCGCUGGAGGGGAAGGAGCUUCCGGAAAGUAUUCCGGGAUUGGCUCAGGCCAAAGAGCUGGCGGGCACCCUAGUGGCCGAAGAUGGAUCUUGUAUCGAUCCCAAAAGCCGCGAGGUCGUUCUCAACGCCUGCAAAGCCGUCGGCUCCAUCAGCAACACGUCGUUCGACAUUCGCUUCAACCCCGACAUCUUCUCCCCGGGAGUACGUUUCCCGGAUGAGAGCGCGGAUGAAAUCCAGAAGCAGAAGCAGCUCCUCAAAGAUGCCGCUGCCUUCCUGGUGUCCUGUCAGAUCCCAUCACUGGUUAAAGACUGUUUGGACCACAGCGCUCUGCCCAUGGACGGAGCCAUGCUGACCGAGACCUUGAGACAGAGAGGCAUCAAUAUCCGCUACCUCGGCACCGUCCUGGAGUUUGUGGACAAGACCCCGGCCAAAGCCCAGCUGGAGCACUUCUAUAGAAUAGGAAUCAGUGAGCUCAUCACCAGAUGUGCCAAACACAUCUUCAAGACGUACGUCCAGGGCGUGGAGUUGUCCGCCCUCUCUGCCGCCGUGAGCCACUUCAUGAACUGCCUGCUGAGCUCCUUCCCCGACGCCGUCGCCCACCUGCCCCCCGACGAGCUCGUGUCUCGCCGCAAGAGCCGCAAGCGUCGCAACCGAGUGCCGGGCAGCGGCGACAACACGGCGUGGGCCAGCCUGACGCCCAGCGAGCUGUGGAAGAACAUCGCCUCCGAGGCCAAGAGCUACUAUCACUUCACAUUACAGUGUGAAAGUGUGGACCAGGUGGUGGAGAAAUACGGCUUCCAGAAAACCACUCUGCUCCGAGAGAUUUCAAUCAAAACCGGCAUCCAGAUCCUGUUAAAGGAGUAUAACUUCGACAGCCGCCACAAGCCCGCCUUCACGGAGGAGGACAUCCUGAACAUCUUCCCCAUCGUGAAGCACGUGAACCCCAAAGCCUCCGACGCCUUCCACUUCUUCCAGAGCGGGCAGGCCAAAGUGCAGCAAGGUUUCCUGAAGGAGGGCUGCGAGCUGAUCAACGAGGCGCUGAACCUCUUUAACAAUGUGUACGGAGCCAUGCACGUGGAGAUCUGUGCGUGCCUCCGCCUGAUGGCUCGCCUCAACUACAUCAUGGGCGACCACCCCGAGGCUCUCAGCAACCAGCAAAAGGCCGUUCUGAUGAGUGAACGAGUUCUCGGGAUCGAGCACCCCAACACAAUCCAAGAAUAUAUGCACUUGGCUCUGUACUGCUUCGCCAACGGCCAGCUGUCGACCGCCCUGAGGCUGCUGUAUCGAUCCCGGUACCUCAUGUUGAUGGUCUCCGGGGAGGACCACCCAGAGAUGGCACUGCUAGACAGUAACAUCGGGCUGGUGCUACACGGAGUGAUGGAGUACGACUUGUCUCUGAGAUUCCUGGAGAAAGCCUUGACCAUCAACACCAAAUACCACGGACACCGGUCCCUUAAAGUGGCCCUCAGUCAUCAUUUGGUCGCGAGGGUUUACGAGAGCAAGGCGGAGUUCCGCUCGGCGCUGCAGCACGAGAAGGAGGGUUACACCAUCUACAAGAACCAGAUGGGCGAGGCACACGAGAAGACCAAGGAGAGCUCCGAGUUCCUGAAGUACCUCACCCAGCAGGCCGUCGCCCUGCAGAGGACCAUGAACGAGAUCUACAAGAACGGCUCCAGCGCCAGCAUCACGCCCCUCAAGUUCACUGCUCCCAGCAUGGCCAGUGUGUUGGAACAGCUCAACAUCAUCAACGGCAUCAUCUUCAUCCCGCUCAGCCAAAAGGAUCUGGAGAACCUGAAGGCCGAGGUCCAGAGGCGGCAGCAGCUGCAGGAGCUGGGGAGGAGCGAGGAGCUCUCCGAGGAGCGGCCGCUGGAGCUGGAGGACACCAUCCCUGUCGACUAACGUCCACGAGCCCCCAACACGCCGACUUUCUGCUUAGGGGGGCGGGGGGCAUCAACUGUAGGACGACGGAUACAGAGUGGGAAUUUCAUAAUGAGGUAGGGAAGUAAGGCAGCGAGCGAGGAGGAGGAAGUCCAAGCGUAGAAUCGAUGUAACGUGCAAACCUGAAAAAGAGAAAAAAAAUCCUCUGGUGACGUCACUCCAGGUAUAUGCACAUGAAAGAAUGGCUGCAGCCAUAGUGGGGAGGGGAGGGGGGGGGAGAGAGAGAGAGAGAGACCAAGGAUGAAAAUGACAUUGUAAACCAGAGCCUUAUCCAUUGUAUCAUAUCCCCCCCCCCUCCCCAAAAUAAUGCUUCUUCUCAGCUCAACCGUCCCUCAGCGCUGUUAGACCAGGACCAUAUUUUGUGCCCGCCAUCCCCCGAAAGAGCCUCAAAAGCCCCUUCCCCCCCCCCCACCCCUCCAACAGGUGCUCUAAAUGAUAAAAGCACCUGCCCUGUCUACUGUGCACUCAGACCAGAAUAAUGUCACUAAAUUUGAAGAUUUCCCAAGAGCGUGAGAAUGUAAAUUCGGUUCUUCGUGGCUUUUGUCCCCGAUGUGCGUCGCUGUAGUUCUACGUCUCCCAGGUGGGGGUGUGUGUGUGUGUGUGGGGGCUGCCGCCGUGUCCCUCUGGUUCCCGUGUCUCCACGCAAGGCCCAAAACGAAUACACCCGACACCGUUAGUGAGCAUUCGCCAGGGUUUGAUUUCAUUUUCUGGGAUUUCUCUCUUUUUUUUCUUUUUUUUUCAAUAAAAUGUGGAGUUUGUAAAAAAAAAAAAAAAAGUGCACAGGAGAAGUACGAGAAGUGUUUUAGGCCUGUUUAUCAUCAAUUAAUUUAAGCCAUGUCUGUUUUAUAGAAAAUGUAUAGAAGUGGGGGAGGGGGAGGGGGGGAGGAAAAAAAAGAUGUAUAAAUCUCUAUCGGAUUUAGAUACUUUCGAUUUGAAACGUCCACCUUUUAAGCGGUAACUGUAUCUAUAUACUAGCUGUGUUCAAUCUUCUAUUUUUACACAUUGAAAGAAUAUGUGCAUGUAUGUGUGUGCUUGUGACACUGUGUAUGUGUGUCUUUGUGUAGUCCAACGGAAAAAAAUCUAUUGGCCAGGGGGCUGUUGCUGCUUUUUGCUGCUGCAUAGUUUGAAAAGAGGCUAAAGUGAACAUUGGCUUUCCAAAUGUUUUAUUUUUCUACGCAUUGUAAACCCGUUGGAUGGCUGAAGCCUCUUUUUCCUGACGCGAUCAUGGCCACCGAUGUUGUAAAUCAUCUUUUACAUGUGAAUUAACCUCUUCUCGUCGUGGGACAGGUGCUCAGCGUUGGCAGUAGUGACGGAUUGUUUCUCUUUUUUUUCUUUUCUCCAUUUAUUGGCUCAGCUUUUCAUGUGUAACGACAGAAGAAGAACAAAAAGAGGAGAGCAUAGCCAGCAGUCUGUUCAUCGAGUCGUGUUUAGUGACGGCGGACGAAAGAAGCGGCGCUUUCAAUGUGAUGUACCAAAAAGCGGUUUGUUUGUUUGUUUGUUUUUGCGCUUGUAUACAUGCAAUGUACUCCUCCCCAUGGCAAGGUGUUACUUGUUGCUGUGUCUAAAUGUAUGUGAUUAAAAGCAAUGGAGAGAUGGUGCUGGAACUUCUUACUUGGCACAGAAUGCGUACGCUUGACUUUACUCGCUGUACGGGUCGAAGUAUACCAACAAAAACAAAGGGCAAGCGUCUUCAGACUGGGUGAAUUAUUUUAUUACCGUGAUUGUUUUGGAUUUUUUUCUGAUUGUGCUGCUUAAAAACAUGUCUCGACAUCAAUAGCAAAGUGUGGUGUGUGUUUCUAUUUAUGUUUCUGAUUGGCAACUAGGGUGAUAACCGUUCAUAACUUAAUUAGUUUCUGGUUUUCUUAAAACUUUGUUUUCUUCGGCCCCCAAAGUCUUAUUCAACAAUACCGACAUUGUCCACCAGGUGUCGCACUAACAUUUGAUAUUGCAGGGCUGGUCCUCAAACUUUUUUAACUAUAUAUAUUAAUCAAAUUAAGGCAAUCUUUUUGUCCCUCCCCUCAGAUUAUUAUGAAUAAAUAGCCCAAAAGUACAACACUACUUCCUGUUAACUCCACUAGCUGGAAGUCCAUUGUUUGGGAGUUUGAGAUAUUAAAAAUAAUUAUUGAUAACGAUCAAACUAUGCAUCAGCAGAAAUACUCUUAACACGGUUCUUCGGCUUUGUAGACGGCACUAAUCGCACUCCACUAGAGUUCAGUGUUAAUAUUUCUGUUUUGAAUAGAGUAGAAAAGAAGAAGGGAAAAAAAAGAACCAUGUUGGAAUAAUGAAUUAAGUGUAUUGUUUAACACAACAUUUGCAUAACACACCAGUAUACCAUUUGCAGUUACAUUGCAAUCUGAAUGUCUAACAUGCAAAACAAGUGUGGUAUAUAUGUAUAUUAACUGACAUUACAUAUACAAACCGACUAUACGUAUUGCUUUAAUUUUAAAGAUAUGAAUAUCCUGUACAAAAUAACUUAAAGGUCUCGGUGGGGGAUUAAUGUCGACCCCAAAAUGUGAUGCACUUGUUGUCCGGAAAUGAUUGUUUGAAAGUGUUGCUCUUUCUUAUAGCUGAUAUAAAUGUCUUCUGGUCAAAGGCUUCGUAGGCCAGGUGGUUGACUCCAAUUCCCCUGAUGUGUGUGGUGUUUGUGUGUUCUUUACAAAAUAAUCAUAUUUUGGUUUGAUUAUGCUUUUGUAUUAAAUGAAUAAAAUAAUACUAGUAAACA